GGGAAAUCGCCAAUUGUUUAAAUUUAUGUGGAAUCGCAGAAGAAAAGAAGUGAAGAAGACGAGCACACAUACAGAGAUAGAGAGAUAAAGAGAGAUUGGAGAGAGGAGAGAGAAACAAAUAUGUUGUUUCAGGUCGGAGGGCAAGGUACACGGCCGACAUUCUUCGAGAUGGCCGCCGCUCAGCAGCUGCCGUCAAGUCUACGCGCCGCCCUAACUUACUCCUUUGGGGUAUUCGCUUUAAGAAGAUCCUUUAUUCACAAAAUUUUGGACUACGAAGAUGAAUUUUUCUCGCUGCUUAUGCUUGUGCUUGAAACUCACAGUUUGCGAACAACAGAUGCUUCUUUUGCGGAAUCUUUAUAUGGAUUACGGCGAAGGGGUGUUAAUAUUAGAUUAAAAACGAGCAAUGCACCUAAAGACUCUGGUGAGGAGAUCCAUCACACCGGUUUACAAAGGCGGCAAAAAGUUCUCUCUGUUGCCUUUCUGGUUGUGUUGCCAUAUUUGAAGUCAAAAAUGCAAUCAAUCUACAACAAGGAAAGGGAAGCUACUCUUCAGGCAAGUCUAUGGGGAGAUAAUGAUGAUAGGUUUGAUGAUACUGACUAUGUUGGUGGGGGCAAUAAUUCUUCUUUUGCGAGGGAAACCUCGGCUAUUGAAGCAUCAGCUCGAGCUCGUUGGAUGAAGAGGUUACAAAAGACUGUUUUUGCUUGCUAUCCUUGGUUACAUGCUGGAAAUGAAGGAUUAUCUUUUUCUUACCAGCUAUUGUACUUGUUGGACGCCACUGGGUUUUACUCUCUAGGAUUACAUGCACUUGGCAUUCAUGUUUGUCGAGCAACUGGGCAGGAGCUGAUGGAUACAUCUUCCAGAAUUUCGAAAAUUAGAAGCCGUGAACGUGAGAGACUCCGUGGGUCCCCUUGGCUAAAGGCACUACAAGGGGGUUUGCUCACUUGCGGAUACGCCGUCCUUGACUAUGCCCAGACUGGUUUGAUUGCAGCUGUUUUUUUCUUUAAGAUGAUGGAAUGGUGGUACCAGUCAGCGGAAGAGAGAAUGUCAGCCCCAACUGUAUAUCCUCCUCCACCACCACCUCCUCCUCCAAAGGUUGCUAAGGAGGGGAUUCCAUUACCCCCGGAUAGGACACUAUGUCCUUUGUGCAUGCAGCAACGUGCAAAUCCAUCAGUAAUGGCGGUUUCAGGAUUCGUUUUCUGCUAUACAUGUAUAUUCAAAUAUGCCAGUCAGUACAAGCGUUGUCCAGUUACAUUGAUGCCGGCAACAGUCGACCAAAUAAGGAGGCUAUUUCAUGAUGUAUAAAAGACACCACCCUUUCAUUUAUUCAGGAUGUUUUCCCGGUCAGUUGUUUCCGGCUUUCUAUACGAUGAAAUUCCAGUAUUCGUUGCCACUCCUGUAAACUGAAGCAUUACAAUUUAUGCCCGCUGAGUUCGUGUUGAGGCAGUCAGUGCUAACUAUGGCCAAUGGUAUCACUGUAUACGAGCUGAAACCGAACGGUUGGUCAUUGACAUAUAUGCUGACUUUCACCGGGGAAGAUUAAGCAGGUAUGCCAUUUGUUGAACUCAGAUUUACUCUGAUCAUAAGAAUAAGACCCAUAUGUAUGUAGCUUAAGUAAAUGUUAGAUCGUUUUAACCUCCUCGUUAAAUAAAAUGUAAGCUGGCCACUUACUUCUGUGGUUACCUAUUAAUUUAUGUUUUUCGAUUAAUUUAUAAAAAAAAAUCUCCCGGGAGAAGCCCGUUGC